AUGGUUACAGAAAGUAAGAAAAAUGAAAUCUCUAAUGAAAUAUUGGAGGUGAACUCCGACAUGGACUUUGAGGAUCAGGGUAUAACCAAGAUUGUUUCUCCUCAUACAGGUAAAGUAGUCAAUAUUACUGGUGAUGUGGAUGAGGCCAUGAAAUAUGCAGACAACGAAAAGGUGAUCGAAAUUGAUGAAAAGACGAAUAGAAGGAUACUCCUUAAAAUAGAUAUGUGCUUGAUGCCCAUAAUGUGUUUAUUGUAUUGCUUUCAGUUCAUGGAUAAGUUAUCCAAUUCUUUUGCUUCAAUCUUAGGGUUGAGAGAGGACUUGAAUAUGGUUGGUGAUAUGUACUCAUGGACCGGGACGUCAUUCUACCUUGGUUAUUUGGUAUUUGAAUUCCCAGCUUCUAUGUUAUUACAGAGAUUUCCUGUUGUCAAAACAGUAUCCGUAUUUAUUAUUAUCUGGGGAGUUAUAUUGUGCUUGCAUUCUGUUCCUCAAUACGCCGGUUUUAUCGCUUUAAGAACAGUCUUAGGAAUGCUAGAAAGUUCUGUUACUCCCGCAUUUGUAAUUUUGACGAGCCAGUGGUAUAAAAAAGAAGAACAAUUUAUCAGAACAGCCUUAUGGUUUAGUUGUAACGGAAUUGGUAUGAUAUUAGGUUCUGGUGCCAUUGCCUACAAUGUCUAUAUUGACCAAGCAAAUUAUUCUUUGGAAGCAUGGAAACUUAUCUUCAUUAUUACUGGAUGUUUAACGAUCUUUUUGGGCUUCGUAAUUAUGUUGCAUUUCCCUGAUACACCAACGAAAGCCUGGUUCUUAAACGACGAAGAGAAGAGUCUAGUGGUAGAAAGGAUUAGAACUAAUCAACAGGGGUUCGGAAAUAAGCAUUUUAAGAAACACCAAUUUAUUGAAGCACUUUUAGACUUUAAGACAUGGCUAUUCUUUAUAUUUUCGAUUGCAAAUAACAUACCAAACGGUGGUAUAACAAAUUUUGGUAGUAUUUUGUUAACCGGUAUGGGAUAUUCACCUGCCAAUGCUUUAUUGAUGCAAAUGCCAUCAGGUGCCGUUGAAGUUGUUGGGUGCACCUUGUUGGCUUGUGGUGUUCUUUUUUAUCCGUAUCGUUUAUUUUGGGCAACAGUCGGAACUGUUAUUGUAAUUAUAUCAGAAUGUAUGUUGGCAUUCAGUUCUAAUGUUAAAGUGCAAUACUCUGGUUUCUGUUUAUAUACAUUAUCACCUAUUGGAUUUAUUUGUUUAUUGUCUAUUAUUGCUUCUAAUGUGGCGGGCCACACUAAGAAGGUUACUACAAAUGCCAUUUUUUUAAUCGGUUACUGUGUUGGAAAUUUAAUAGGCCCUCAAACAUUUAUAGAUAAACAGGCUCCUGAGUAUACUGGAGCUAAAAUAUCUAUUGUGGUUAACGGUUGUGUUUCGUUGGUGGUUCUUAUUUUAAUAUGGUAUUCAUAUUGGGUGGAUAACAAGAAAAGGGAUAAUAAUUUCGACAAAGCUGAAAAUGUCGAACAUCUUGAAUUCGCUGAUCUAACAGAUAAAGAAAAUCCAGCCUUUAGAUAUGAACUAUAG